AUGACCCUCGACCAAAACCUCUUCACCCUCCAGAUUAAACCCAGCCCCACUGACCCAACUCUUGUCGACCUCGCCGACCCCUCUGGGAAUGUAUUCUAUCGCAAAGAACGAAGCACUGGGGUUGGUUACAACGUGUCUCUAUAUGAUUUCAUCACCCAGUCCGUACUAGUAACUGCCACCGCCCCAAGCCCAACCGGAAAAGUCAAAAUCAUCGAACUACAAAACCCCUCGGUUCCAGUCGAGUUUAAGGCUUCUGGUACGUUUUCUGUGAAGUGGGCGUUUUCAUGGAAAGGCCACGAAUUCGAAUGGAAACGUGAAGAAGAAUGUUACAUCAUCCGUAAACCUGAUCCCCCAGUAUUGAUCGCAAUAACCACCCGAAAAGAAUCCAACCGGAUACAAUCUGCGACUGUGCAGAUUUUGGAUUAUAAUCUUGAUCGAUUUGAAAUUGAAGAUCGAAAAGGGCUUGAGCUUGUCAUCCUCACAGCUCUAUUAACAUUCCUCGAUUCUGCGGAUGUGAAUUUUCCGAACAUGAUGGUAAACGAUGAACGAUCGCCAGUACCGGGGGUAAUACCACCACCACCACCAGGAGGGGGUCGCAGAAAGUCGAUGUGGACAGCACUGUCACCGUUUGGUAGCAAUUCGAGACAGUCGGUGGUGGUAACGCCUGCACCGACGCCACCUGCGGAAAGCACUACUGGUCUCACUUCGUCUUCUUCAGCUAUAUCAAGGUCGCGCACGAAAAGCUCUCCAGGUCCACUUGACAAACCGCAUAACGCAUCUGCUGUUCUGCCUCCUACCACCGCUGCGCACGUACAUCAUCGUCCUUUUUCUGCAUCCUCAAGAUCACGUUCUAAUUUUAUCCCGUCGUCCUCGAGAAUGGAAUCAAACAACAAACCCGCCCCUCCUACUCAGCCUCUGACACCUCCUCCUCCACCUCCUCUACACUCAUCUCCACCUAUUCAUCCGACUCUCACGGACCAUCAUAAUCACCAUGCUGACCGUCACAAUGAUACUUCUACUAGUAUCAGACCGCGGAGAGCAACCUCGUCCGGGGUGGAUCUCAUCGCCCAGUUACUCGCUCCCCGGCACGUAAUUCACGAGAUUACAGUAUAUGAAGAAGGUGGAAUCGAGGAUUAUGCGAAGUUUUGCUGGAGGUUGCUUCGGGACGAAGCAAUAGCGUUCAUCACUAUCUGCUCAGGACACAGUUCCCAAGUUCAAAAAGUCCUGGAGGUGGUAGAAGCUACAAAGAGACUUCGGUUCGAAAAAGGACCUUGCAUCGAAUUAUUACAAUUCGUCGCAUAUUACCCACUCCCUGGGGGAACUACACUACAACAACGCCUCGAAGACAAAGCGAGGAUCGCGAAUAUGAGUCCAAAGGAAGUUAAGAAGAGCCAGAAGAAGAAGGAGAAGGAGGAGGAGAAAAAGAAGAGGCGAUUGGAUGCUGCAAAAUCGAAGAAAGGCAAGGCGAAGGAUAACGACAAUGACCCCGCGAACGCCGAACUCGAUGUGGAACCGGAAACGGAAACAGUCCACCCACAUAUCCCUCCGAAAAGCGUUAAUGUGAGGUUAACAAAGGUCGAAGUUGGGAAACUCACCCGGAUAAACUCACUUGCACUUCCGGAGGUGGGUCAAGCUACUGCUACUACACCGGAAGAGAAGACUAAAAGUACCAAAGGGAAUAUGAGACUCAAAAGCCUGCAGCCCACGGUGGAAGUCAUCAAUACGUUCAUGCCCCCGCUCUCUUCUUCUGCUCUUCGUCCUUUUCAGAUCCUAGAUUCCUCGUCCAACAAGCGGAAAUACCUACAAGAUCCUGCUUUACUUAGUAAUGCUGCUCCUGUCUCGAAUGCACGACAACAGCAGCAGCGUCCGUCUCCCAAUCAGAACAGAAAUAGCAGACGUUCAGGUUCAGGGGCGGCUUUGCCCAGUCCAUCGAGUUCUUCUUCAUCGCAUAAUCCUCCUCCUCAUCAUCAUCAUCCUAAUCAUUAUCAUCGCAAAUCAGUCACUGGCUCGGGUGCAGGAAGCUCUGCGCGGGGUAACACCAACUCUCAGGUCGAGCUCAGUGCGACUUCCAUCCUGCCCAGGACUGGGUCUGUAUCAAGCACCAUGCAAAGGGUGUCAGCAGUUUCCCGGCCUGAACUGGGUGUGCCGCAUCCUGCGAACGCCUCUGCUGCGACGUCGUCGUCGUAUCCUACAUCAUCUUCAACGAGUCCGCAUAUCAUAAUACAUGCACAGACUAGUUCAUCCGCCCCACUAUCUUCUUCCUCUUCCCCCGCACUUUCUUCUCCCCCUGCACUUCGUCCUCCUCCUCUACCACCACGACGAUCCCAGGGUAUGCUGAAGCCUGAUAGUAAGAAUGACUUGGGAGCCGCGGAGGUCACGGAUCAACGACAAGGCAUACAGUUCGAAGAACUGCUUGUGGCAGGACCUAGUACACUUACUACUGGCAGUGGACCAGGCCCCAAUCAAGCUCCGCCGUCUUAUUCUGAAUUGCUCAUGGAGGAUGAGUUUCCGGUUAAUUUUUGA